AAGCUAUUGCAAUGUGAAAUCCACCCACUAAUGCACUUAAUUUAAUCUGAAACCCUGGAGCACACUCUAUAAAUUGCCGUUUCCAUGCUUUAGUUUGUGCCAACCUUUACAUUCUCAGCUCUCCACAGUUUAUAUUGAAAGAUACUCAAAAUUACUAGGAGCUUAACCAUGGCGCUAGCUUCCAUUCCACAACUGGUUUUGGGGUCGAUUGCCUUCACCACGUUCUGGAUGCUGGCGGUGUUCCCCGCCGUCCCCUUCCUGCCCGUCGGCCGCACUGCUGGGUCUCUGCUCGGCGCCAUGCUCAUGGUCGUCUUCCAAGUCAUCGAUCCCGAGCAAGCGUACGCCGCCAUCGACCUCCCCAUUCUAGGCCUCCUCUUCGGCACCAUGGUCGUUAGCAUCUACCUGGAGCGCGCGCAGAUGUUCAAGUACUUAGCCCGGCUGCUGUCUUGGCGGAGUCAGGGCGGGCGCGACCUGCUCUGCCGCGUCUGCCUCGUUUCCGCCCUCGCCAGCGCGCUUUUCACCAACGACACCACCUGCAUUGUGCUCACUGACUUCGUCCUCAAGCUCGCCAAGCAGCACGGCCUUCCCGCCAAGCCCUUCCUCUUGGCGCUCGCGUCCAGCGCCAACAUCGGCUCCAGCGCCACCCCCAUCGGCAACCCGCAGAACCUGGUCAUCGCCGUCGAGAGCAAAAUCUCGUUCACCAAGUUCUUCCUCGGAGUGCUUCCCGCCAUGCUCGUCGGCGUCGUCAUCAACGUGGCAAUUCUUCUCCUCAUGUUCUGGAACCAGUUGGGGAGUAAAAAACAGGGAGCCGAGUUGGAUGCAAUCUCCGAGAACGAAGUGGACGGGCACACCUUCUUGCCGGCGAGGAUGUCGCACCCUGAUCCAUCAGAGGGGAAUGCCUCCGACAACGAUGACGUCGAGAAGAACGUAUCUAAGAAGGGUUGCUACCAAGUUCAGAAGUUUGUGCCAAAGAAGGAAGCGUUCUUGAAGACCUCUGUUUAUGUUGUGAGUUUAGGGAUGCUGGUCGCUCUGCUGAUGGGGCUUAAUAUGUCAUGGUCUGCCAUUUCUGCUGCUUUGAUACUGGUCGCCAUCGACUUCAAGGACGCCGGACCCUGUCUCGAUAAGGUUUCAUAUUCGCUGUUGGUGUUCUUCUGCGGGAUGUUCAUCACUGUCGAUGGAUUCAACAGGACCGGAAUUCCUAGUGCAUUUUGGAACUUCAUGGAACCUUAUUCGCGAAUUAAUCAUGUGAGCGGCAUCGCAGUGCUCUCCAUCGUCAUACUGCUGCUCUCCAAUUUGGCAUCCAACGUACCAACUGUAUUGUUGCUGGGAGUUCAGGUGGCGAAGUCGGCGGCGGCAGUGUCGCCCAAGUACGAAACGAGGGCGUGGCUGGUGCUGGCGUACGUGAGCACCGUCGCCGGCAACCUGUCGCUGCUGGGAUCGGCAGCGAAUCUGAUAGUAUGCGAGCAAGCGCGGCGGUCGGAGCUCCACAAGUUCAAUCUCUCCUUCUGGGCUCACAUUGUGUUUGGGCUUCCGUCGACGCUCAUCGUCACCGCCGCCGGGCUUCCGUUGAUCAGAGGUUGACCGGCCAACUAUGCACGAAUUGAUCGGGACGAUAAGUGUGUAUCCAGAUGUUAUCUAGAAUUUCUGCUCCAGUUGAUUGGCAAUCUAUGGGCUUUCAGUAUAUAAAGUUAAA